AUGCCGUCGCAGAGUCAGUACGUGGACUCCAAGUUCCUGUUCCCCCACACCUACCGUGAAGGCAACAAGUGCAUUGGUUGGACCAAGUCCCGUCGAUACUGCAACAACCCGAUCAGCCAGGGGAAGCAUCUCAGACAUCUCCUCCUCAUGGAGCAGCUCAACGAGCUGUCUCUCGCGGAGCAGAUCACCUCUCCCCUCCUUGAGCAGGCUGUGGAGUUGCGUCUUUGCUAUAAGCAUUUGGAGAAUCACCUUGCUCCCGAGCUGGAGAAGGCUCAGAGAAAGCUCAUGAUAGCUCUGGAUGAUUCUGAGGGACAGGGAGUUGCCCAGGAUCAGCCAGCUAGAACUAGCACCAGACUCCCUGAAAAUGUUACUCCAGUUGCCAGGCCUGGAGUUCCAGCUGCGCCUCCUCGCAACCCAACAACCCGGGCUCCGACCGCUCAUAUUCCGGCUGCACGCACACCGCGCGUCCGUUUCACUUCAUUUACCCGCAGCCCAGCAGGUGAGCCGUCGGCAGCGUAUGCCCCUAGCCCUCGCCCAGACACAGCUCGCCGUGCCGCGCCCGUUCGUAGUCCAGCUGCUCGACCUCCAGCUGUCAACGACUACAUUUCACCGGCCUACACCCAAGCUAUCCGGCCUCAACAAAUCCGUGUUGCAGAGGCUCGCAUCCCUCCUGCUAGGCCUCUGCCUCCUCAUCCAGCCGUUCGUUUCUGGGAGCCCACCCAUGAGUACGGCAAUCAGUUGGGAGGCCAGUCUCAUCCCUGGGCCAGAUCUGAACCCCUGACUCCCCCAACUAGUCUCCCGUCCCCUCGGGAUGACACUCCCGACAGCGAUGUCACCGUUGGCCGUUCCAUGAACAGCACUGCUGCCACCAUCUACAUUCCCUCCGACUCUGAAGACGGGAGUGCAUCUGACGACGACGAUGAUGACAGCUCGGAGGAUGAGGGGCCUGCGGAUUCGAACAGCCGAGUCUAUACGAUGAGAUUCUGGCACCGGUACGACAAGAAGUGGGAUUCUCUUGAGGACAACGGUCGCGUCACAGGGAAAGCUCUCGAGGAGCAGAUCCCCUGGCCCGUGUACGGCAACAGCUACCCGACCCCGGAGAAUGUGGAGGCCUUUUACCACGAUGCCGUUGUUGGUUUCACAGCACGAAGUGACCGUAUCCUCGUUAUGGGAAACGAGUGUCGACGCUGGGCACCCAAGAACCUCAAAAAGGUGCUAGGGAAGCGCAUCUUGAAAGGAAUGUUUGCCGAGACGCUGCAGAUGAUUUACUCUGUGGCCAGAAGCUACCACGACCGUCUCAUCUCUGAGGCUGGGGGUAAUUGA